CGGAAGUACCUGUUUGUGACGUCAACAGAAAUAAUGUUAUCGAGGGUGGUUCCGUUGUGAGAUUUUCAGCGAAGAUGGCAAAAACAUAUGAUUAUCUGUUUAAACUUUUACUAAUAGGAGACAGUGGUGUUGGAAAAACGUGUGUUCUGUUUAGAUUUUCCGAGGAUGCUUUUAAUUCAACGUUUAUUUCCACAAUAGGUAUUGAUUUUAAAAUUAGGACCAUAGAGUUAGACGGAAAGAAAAUAAAGUUACAGAUAUGGGACACGGCAGGUCAGGAGAGGUUCCGAACCAUCACCACCGCAUAUUACAGAGGUGCUAUGGGAAUCAUGUUGGUGUACGACAUCACAAAUGAGAAAUCUUUUGAAAAUAUCCGCAACUGGAUUCGCAAUAUUGAAGAACAUGCCUCCCAGGAUGUUGACAAAAUGAUCCUCGGCAACAAGUGUGAUAUGAAUGACAAGAGGGUCGUCUCCAAGGAGAAGGGCGAGGCAUUGGCAAUAGAACAUGGGAUAAAGUUCAUGGAAACGAGUGCUAAGGCUAGCAUCAACGUAGAAGACGCCUUCUUUACCCUCGCCAGAGACAUCAAGGCAAAAAUGGACAGAAAACUGGAGUCCUCAAAUGCACAGGCAAAAAAUGCAGGUGGAAUCACACCAGGCAAAACACAGGCCAAGAAAUCGGGAUGGAGGUGUACAAUAUUGUGAUGUCAACUGGUUUUGUGAUAGUUUUACAAAUAGUAAUACUGAUAUUUUAUUGGCUGUUGGGUCAGAUGUGUCACGAGGGAUGCUAUUGGUCAAUUUUAAAUACAUGUGAUAUUGCACCCAGCCAUUCAGAGGGUACAACUGUUAGGAAGAAGGAAGAACUUGUGACAUGCAUGAUUCGACAAUAAUUAAAAUGUGCUGUAUAAUUUUGCUUAUUCAUCCGAGGGAGAGAGAGAGAGAGAGUGAGAGAGAGAGAGAUUGGCCAAUACCUUGUUUAUAUUUUGUAUUUUUAUGAACUUGCAUAUUGUGUGCAUCCUUUGGACAUACUGAGUGCCUGAUGUACAGUGUUUUGUUAAUUGUAAUUGAUUUUGAUAUUAAUUAACCCACAUUGUACCCGCUGAAUCAACCAUUCAGUUAGAAAAAAAAAAACCACAUUGUUUGUUUGUGUACAGUGCUUAAAAUUUGUACAGUGAGUAGAGAUAUUUGUUUGUUGCAGAGAAUGAAGACAUUUAAGGCAAAUUACUUACAAAACCUCUAGAACCUUUCAAAAUGACUUGUGUGAUUUUAGAAAAAAAUCACUUCUUACUAAUGAGAUUAAUUUUUUCUGAUAUAUCCACCAAAUUUAUGAAAUCUCACAUUGAUAGAAAAUUCACCUGUUUUACUUUUGUUGGAUCUGGAAAGAGAAAGAAAUGGAUGGUGGGGAAACGAUUGAAAAAAGGAGAGUUUGUCUCAAAUGGUUUUUCCUCUAAUUGACUGCAUUUUCGCAGACCAAAACCUUAAUUUUCACAUGCCCCCAUGAUAUAGGUUAUUGUACAUCUUAUAACUGCAGAACUCGCAUAUAGGUUAUUAAGUGAAAGAUUUUUCAGGGAUGAUUGGAAAGGUUUUUUGUUAAGGGAGGGGGGGGGGGGGGAUAAAAGGACUUUAAUUUUUUAAUUUCCCCUAUUAAUGCCAAUACUACUGUACAUUAUCCCAGCUGUUUUUUUAAUAAUUGUAAAGAUUUUUCCUUUUUUAAAUAAAACACUAAAUAAUGAUCAGAUGCUGAUAUUAUUUGUCACUGUCAAAUUAUAAACAUGGAAUUUAGAACGUAAUACUGUUUUGUAUGCAUUAUUUUGUGGAAAUUGCUUCUGAUCAAGUUUGUACUUUAAUUUAAAAUUAUACAGGUUCCAUGUUAUAAUGGUUGAUGCAUUACAUUGAUAAUAUGCUAUAUUAAUAUAUAUAUACAAUAUAUAAAUAAAUAUAUGGGGUACAUGUUCAAUGUAAAUAAUUUAAAAAAAUGAAAAUUUUACCAGGAAGAAGAAUGAAUGUCAUAAUUGAGACACAUACCCGGUAGAGAAAUCUUUAAAUUCGGGCACUUUUUCAUCAUUACAAGCACGUCACAUUUUAAUACAAAAGUGUUAGUGACUUUUCGCUUUAAUAAAUGUGAAUUAUUUACCAAGUUAAAACAGUUUAAUGUACUGACGAUUUGUUUUUGAUGUACAGAAUUCAGCAAGUGUUUUUCCCCUACAUGCAGUCAUGUGAAGUGGGAGGUCAACAAGAUCCGUUAUUGUUAUUAAAUUAAAGCAAUUAUCAAACCAUGAAUUGAAAAAGUUCAGUUUAAUAAAUGCCUCCUAUAUCAUUGCAAAUUAUUGGUCCUUAUUAUAUAAUUAUAGCAGAUUUUUGUGAUGACAAAGAGGAACUUACAACUCUUGCAUAAUUUACACUAAAGAUGGAUUGUCAGUGUACAAGUUUAUACACAGGCAUAAGUGCCAGCUUGAAAUAAAUUCACAUUAAAGUUGCCAUGUCAAGAUUGCAUUAGCAGAUUUUAUGCACCAUGCAGUUAGAAUUCAUAAAAAUUAACACGAGGUGGGGGGAUUGCAUUAUUAAUUGUGCAUUUGUAAAUUAAAAGGAUAUAUUUUUACAAUGCGAGUUUGAUUAAGAAAAAAAAAUAUAAUAAAUUUCACAAGGCUGAAGCAUUUGAAAGUCUAGGAAUAUGUAUCUGGUUUUUGCCCAUAUGAAAUUUAUACAAUUAAGGCAAAAAUGGCUGUGUAUAUGGAAUAUUUGCUUGACAUUUUACCCUAACCUUACCCUGUAUUUCUUAAAAUAUUUGUACAUCUAUUACACUUGUUAAGAGAAAAGUUAAAAGGCCUCAUCAACAGAUGUCUUUUUGUUGGUGAUUGUCAACUUCUCUGUUUUUAUUAAAUUUUUUUUUGGUUCAAAUAGAGACAAUAAAGCUUAUGGUAAUGACGAAAAA